AUGCGGCGGAAAAUCCAGUCGCUCAUCGUCGGAUAUGGCGUGCCGGCCAUCUGGUUCACCAUCAACCCGAACGACAUUACGAACCCGGUGAAGCUGCGACUGGCGGCAUACCGCACACGCGAUCCCGACGCGGCCGAGGAGUUCUUAGAAGGCCUUGGGGAUGCGUAUAAGCGGGCACGGCUGGCGAUAUCGGAUCCCAUGAGCUCGGCCGUGUUCUUCCACCGCGAGAUGAAGCUGUUCUUCGAUCAUUACGUGAAGGUCGGUGAAGACUCGAUGCUUGCCGACAUCCACGGGGAGGAUCAGGCGGCGUAUCGCGAGCGAAUCGUCCGAUACAUCGAUAGCGUCUUCUCAGAGGAUCUGGACCAGGAAAGUUUUUGCGCCGUGCAAGCGGAGCGAUCUGUGACGGGCGGUAUUGGUUCCCUGCUGGACAACGCCGCGCAGUUCUCGGCCGCGUUUAUCGAGGAGGCCAACUUCUGUGCCGGCGCGACGCAGGAGGGCGGAAAGGGACCUCUGCCGGUUCAAGGCGCCAUGGAGCGCAAGACAAUGGCCCUCAUCUAUUAUGUCACGAACUACGCGACCAAGGUGGAGGACCCGGUGUGGAAGCGUGUGGCGGCCGCGGCCGAGCUCCUGGCCGCCUCAACAGGGAACAGGACGCGACAGUUCCUGAUGAGAGUGGCGAACCGCGUGUUCACGGAGCGUCCGCUAUCACAGGUCGAGGUCGUCGCUCACCUUCUCGGAUAUCCGGCCGAGUUCACCGACAGCAGCGCGUGGGCGUACCUGAACUGUUCUCUGCUGUACUGGGAAGUCUUUCGGCGAUGGCGGCAUCUCCGAGAAGCCAGUGGCGCUGCGGCUAUGGAUGACACCUUGGAUGAGUCGGUGCUCAGGCGGCCGGGCAAGCACGCUACCGUCUGCCUCGACGGCUACCUGAGCAAGGACUUCACCUACGAUGACGAGUCGUGCUACCGGAGGGCAGCCGUGCAGCAUCUUGCGCUGUUCGUGCCGUGGAGUCCUUCCUGGGCGAAGGAACAGCUGCUUCGACGAUCCGCCGAAGACGCAAAACGCGACGCCAAGCAAUGGGCAGCCUCGUCCGGCGAUGGCGACCCGACGGUCGCACACGUCGAGGAGGGUGGAGCAGGCGAGGCGGGCGCGGAGUCUGCAGCGACAUAUCAGCCCAACAGCAUCGGAGACGCAACGCGGCUCAUCGACGUCGUCCGAGGUGCAGUGGGAGCGAAUCAGGUGACGGCCAAGUCGCCGGAGCUCAUGGCAAUGAUACAGCAGCUCUGUCGGUUUCAGCAAUCGGCGCUGCGCUCGACGGCCGAGCUCGAGGCCACGGCGCUGAUCGAACGAGGAGAGGCGGUUAAGCAUGCCGGGGCGGGUAUUUUCCGGGGCCGCACUACCGCCGCAGGAUCAGGUCAAGGCUAUCAAGUCGCAGCAGUCCAUCGCUUUUCUGAUAAUAUGCCGCCAGCUCGAUUUGAUGCAGCAGACCGACGGGGCGAUGCCUGCCAGCUGCGCCAGUUCGUCGGUGGCGAGGGCGGUACCGGCAAGUCGCGAAUCAUCGAGGCACUCGUCGAGCUGUUCAGUAAAAGAGCCUUUCGAAUCGCGGAGCGGUUCAUCCACGGCCAGUCUCGAAUGGAUUGGCAGGAGAAGGAUAUGCUCGUCAUCGACGAGGUGAGCAUGCUCGGGGCGCGGACGCUGCACGCCGUGAACGAGCGGCUUCGCCGGCUUCGCGGAUCGCGGCAAGAUUUCGGGGGGAUCCCCAUCGUCCUCUUCUGCGGAGAUUUUCAGCAGUUCCGGCCGGUCCAAGAGAGGUCGAUCGUCCUGCCUAGCGCGGCCAUCUCGUGGGACGUAGACAACUCGUUCAAGGCCGAGCAGCGUCACCAGCACGACAAAGCGCACGCACUGUGGAAGAGGUUCACGACGGUCGUCAUGCUGGACGAGCAGAUGCGCGCCGCCGGCGACCCGGAGCUGCAGAGGCUGCUGAAGCGGAUCCGUCUAGGCGUGCAGGAUCGGACGGAUCUAAACCUCCUCAACUCAAGGAAUCGGUGGAACCUGAACAUGGAGGCGAGCCUGGCGUUCCGGGUCCAGCAGCGGUCGACGAUGCGCAUUUUCAUCUCCGAGCACAAGUGGAAGGGCGAAGGGUGA